UGACAUGUAUGUUAGGACAUAUUUGUUGUUAGCUUCAAGUAGCUGACAUGUUUGCUAGCGCCGGUGGUACCUGUCGCGUUAUAGAGAGGUCUCACUCAGACGAAAAUAUCAUGCCCCGGCUUCUCCUCCCUGCUCAUCCUCUUCUUCUGCUGUUUAUCCGAUGAAGUCAGUCGUCGUUGGAGGACUACCUUACCGCCAUCUUGUGUCGAACUCCUCCUCCUCCCAAUCACCAUCAUCAUCAUCAUCAAUAAGCCUCGUCAUCAUCAUCAUCCUGUUGGUUAGUCCUGUAUGUCAGAUUUAAGUAAAGAAAAAAACGUAUACGAUUCAGCUUGAACUUGUUUGCUGUCCAAAGAACAACAUGAUGUCAGCCAUGGCAAAAUUCCUCCAACAUUGCUAUGAUCCAGUGGCCAGCCUUGGUCACCCUCCGGCCACUGCAGUGGCCACCCUCACGGCUGUGGGACAAUUUUGACAAACUUGGCUCUGUGGUGCAGAACAUUAAUUCAGCCUAACCGCCGUUUCCGCUAGGACACAUUUCACUGCAGCACACAACUUUCCGAGGGAGAGAUGCCUAUUUUGUGGAGGAGCUAUCAAUAAUUGCAUGGACUGCAGGGGGUAGGUAAGUUUUCCAUGAUUACUUUGUCGGUUCCGGUCAAGUUUUCUCACUAUGUUGACUUUUACAUAAAUUCUGAAGCAUGAUUCAGCACAUAAAUCUAUUACUGUAAUAUUAUAUUAUAUAUUGGAAGCUCUCAGCAGCAGCAUGAGUGGACAUGUAAUGAACGAGUUUAGAGUUAAAACAGGAGUGCCGAUCGGCAUCCAUUUUCGUAUUACACUGGUUUGGCCGCCAGGAUGGUGAUCAGAAUCCAGAAACUAUGAAUUGAAAACAUGUCCUCGGCACACUGCUCUGCUAUUAAUUGCUUUAAUAGACGGUCCGUGCAGUGGCGGAGUUACGCGGUGGCUAGUAGUGGGUGUGGCCACAACGCUGGCCAUCUAGACAAUUCAGAUAUCAAUUUCUUGCCACACCUAUGUGAGUAAUGGUCCCACCUUGGCCACCCCAAUGAAAAAUUUCUGUCUCCGCCACUGCUUUGAUCAACAAUAUAAAAUUAAUCAAGCAAGCAAAUGCAAUCGAAAAUUGCUGUAAUAGAUUGUAGUGACUCGACAUGAGAUGGUACGAGUCAUCUUAUAUUUGCAUUUAGAGAGGUUUUGUUUUGUUUUAGUUUUGUCUUUAAAAAUAUUUUUCCAAAAAUGGGUCUUGAAAAAGGGGGUUGGUCUUGUAUUCAUUUUUGUGUUAUAUUUGGAUGAGUUCUGUACCGUGUAUGUGCAAAAUAAAAUGCUGCAAUCACAUUGCGUUGUAGGAUCAAAAACAAUGCCCAAAAGACAUGCAACCCCCGAAAACAACUCAAUGAGAGCAAUGUUGCAACUUCACUGAACAAAACGUGAGGGAUAUCCGUUUUUUGAAGAAAUGAGUGGGAUGCCCAGAAGAAUGCUGGGAGGAUUAAAAUCUUCAUAUCUUUGCUAAACUCUUGGUCGUAAAAAAAUCGUAAUACAGUAAAAUAUUACAUUUCAGUCUGCCACCCCUGCUAAACCUGGCUAACUUCCAUUUUCCUCUGUGAAGAUGCAGCAUUUCUCUUAAGUUGUUUAGUGGUUUCUGUGUGGUUUUGGCACUUGCAGCAUUACUCUUUUGCAUUCAUUUUGAUCCUGCAGCGUUUCCAGUAUCUCACAAAACUCCCAUUUCUACAAAUGCCUGAUAUGUUUUCUCGGGACAAUACUGAGGAAAUUACACUUUGCUGGAAUGUAAAGUGGUCAUUGUACAGCUUGUAUAAAAACAAUUUAACACAACAGCCGAAUGUCAAAAUUGUGCCCAAAGUGCCAAUAUUUUGUGUGGCUCCCAUUACUUUGCAACACUGUCUUAAUGAGUUCACUAGAGCUUCACAGGUUGCCUCUGGAAUCUUCUUCCACUCGUCCAUGAUGACAUCACAGAGCUGGUGGACAUUGUGCUCCUCCACCUUCCAUGUAAGGAUGCCUCACAGAUGCUCAAUAGGCCUGGAGACAUGCUUGGUCAGUCCUUCACCUUCACCCUCAGCUCCUUUAGCAAGGCAGUGUUUCGUCUUGGAGUCAUACACUGGUGGUGGUAGCCCAUAGCCAGAGCUACCCUGGGGUAGACUGAUGGAAACGUGGCUGCCAAUUCGUGCCUUCUGCCUCUGCGAGGUACAUUCAUUCACAUUUAUACACCAGUGUGGGCAGCACUGGAGGCAAUGUGGGUGAAGUGUCUUGCCCAAGGACACAACAGUGAAGCGGGGUACGAACCACCACUCUUCUGGUUUCGCAGGGAUGUCCCGAUCCACAUUUUUGGACUUCCGAUGUGAUUUUGUUUUUUUAUCGUCUUACCGAUCCGAUGUGGUACUGAUCUUUUUUUUCUUUUCUUUUUUUAAAUACCGUAAUAAGCUUUUGUGCCAAACAUGAAUUUGUGGAAUUGAAUAUGGUUAUGAAAAUAGCUGUUCAGAGCAUUAAAAAUAAUGCAACCAAAGUAUUGCUGAAUUUACUUUUUAUUACACAGAAUGACCAACAGUAUUGUUUGGCUUUUGUAACACACCUCUGUGAGUCAGGUGCCUAAUCCAAUAAAAGUCCAUCCAGUAAAAGAUACAAUUGGAGAAAAUAGACGCACAAAAUACUUUUAGGGUAGGCUAAUCAUUUGACACAGUUAUAGAUCAUAAAUCUAUAUCUAUCUAUCUAUGACUCUUGUUUUUUUAACAAACUCUCUUCAAAACGAUAGUAAUUUAUUGACGGUCUCUAGUAUAAACAACCAGCGGUUACAGCAGCACUUCCCGUGCGAGCUCCCCGCACCAUGACACUAGCAGUCCGGGCACAGCGAGAGGGAACCACCACUGUAGCUACAGAGCCGAAUAUCGAACAUCCAACGUGAAACUAGCUUCACCACGGUCCACCGCGGACAUGUCUGCAUGGUGGCGUUGCGUUUUCCCCUUCUUGCGGGUGGUGGGAGUCGAGUGGCAACUAGCUUUGAGGCGCAUUACCGCACCUACCAUGUUGGAGUGUGGCCCAGAGCUGCGAUCGUCAUACGGCAACCGGAUCGGCCCGAUCUUGUGGUGGAAGACGAUUUUAUCCGAUCUUCAAAAUACAGCAGCGCAUCGGGGCAUCCCUAGUGUCUGGUGUGUGUGGAUUAUACUCUGAUUUGAAUGUCACAGGACCUGUUGGCAUUCAUGUUUCCCUCGACGAACUGUAGCGUCAGUGGCGGCAGCACUUGUGCAGCCCCAGACUAUGACACUCCUACCACCAUGCUUGACUGUAGGUAAGACAUGAUCAUUCAUUGGAGACUUUUAAUUGUCUGUAGGUGUCAAUGUGAGUGUGAAUAGUUAUUUCUAUACCUGCGAUUGGCAGCUCACCCAUAACCAUAAUGACGUCACGCGGUACAGAAAAUACAAAACAGCCCCCUCUAGUGGCUCCCCUGCAGAAUCCCUCCUGUUUCAUUCUAUACCAAUGCAGCCAUGACGUGUUUGCUGCGUGGGUCCUUGCCUCCCACAAAAAAAGCAAAGCAAAGACAACUUGUGGCAUGAUGAAGUCACGGGGAUUUCAGUUCCUGGAUGGCGGCACACAGCUAAUCCCACAUCCACGCCGGAUCUCUAAAUAAAGGGACGACAACACCGGAAUGAGGAAAUGUGCAAAACAAAGUUGUUGAAUGCUGUGAAAAGCUCUCGGGCUGAUGAGGCUCACUUCCACUCGAGUCCCCCUCCUGAGGUGCUUCUUCUCGCUGCAGCCCCCCGCCACAUCUCUCCCACCUUUCCACGCCAUGUCUCUCCUGCUGCUCACGGCGCUGUCCUCGCUCCUGGUCCACGGUGCCCACUCGUGGGGCUCCAGCGUCAAGUACGCCGUCAACUGUCCCGACAGGUGCAACGUGGAGCUGUGCGGGCCCACGCACGCCUGCACGCGCACGGUGCUGGACGACUGCGGCUGUUGCCGGGUGUGCGCGGCCGGCCGAGGGGAGCACUGUUACCGCACAGUAUCCGGCAUGCACGGCGUCAAGUGUGGACCGGGUCUCUUCUGUGAGUUCUACAAGGACGAGGACGACUACGGGGACGAAUACGGCGUGUGCAAAGAUUGCCACUAUGGGACUUACGGCGUGGAGUGCCGCAAGACGUGCAGCUGCAAAGGGGGCCUGUGCGACAGGGAGACUGGCGCUUGUCUCACCCUCCGAUUCUUUGCCAAACUUGCCGGCAAGCUCAAAACGGAGCCUGAAGCAGAAGGUGAUGUCGGCUCGGGAGAGGUUCAGGACUCGGAUCAAGCGGCAGCGGAUCAAUCGAGUGCCCCUAAGUGGCUCAACCCUCGCUGACACCGUCCUCACACACAAGCUGAAAUCCCUCAUUCAGUCAGUGGCAAUGUAGCAUUAACUUAUAAGUCAACUGAAAGGUCUAUUUUAUUAUGAUUAUGUUCAAAGAUGCAUACUUUCUUUAUUUAUAUGUCUUUUACUCAUUUCCAGGCUAUGUUAUUCUCCAAAUUGUUCUUAAUUGAAUAAAAUGUUUCUUGAAAUUCUCAGUUAGUGUGCCUUCAAAGGAAAAUGUCAUGGCUUGUGUUGUACUGGGUAUUAAUUAUCUUUACUAUAUGGCAUUUGGACUGUAAAAAGAAAACAUAAAAAUGUCCUACAAUUAAACCAAAGUUAU